CAUGCCGUCGAAUGGUUUUUCUUUAUCGUGAAAGAGUGGAGAAUUGAGAUGGAGGCUUUAACCUUAUCUGAGGAUUCUGAAAAUAGGAUCACCAUUGGAGGCAAGAGGAAGUCUUCAAGUCGGCGAUCUUCGAUUUUGAAGGCCACAAAAUCUCCAAUGAAAGGUGGUGCUCUAGAAGACAUAGAUCCAAAUUCAUUGGAUGAUAAUGGAAGGAGCAGAUCCAAGAAGUCCAGACGAUCCUCAGGAAGAAGAGUCAGCUUUGCAAAGAAAGAUGAUGUCAAGGAAUUUUUUGUCGAAGACUGGAAAUCUGCAUGGCCAACGGAUGGUGAGCAAACUGAUCUUCAAAUGUCAAGCAAUGCCUCUCAGGGGGAUUUGGAAUACAGAGCACCAGCAGAGUCCAUUAAAGGAUUAGAAUCCCUGUUGAAAGGCAAUAUUCAAGCAGAUGACAAUAAUGUGGGAAGGGUUGAGAUUCAGGAGAUGCCUGAAGUGCAGUUCAAUCAAUUAAGCACGGAUGAUGAAGACAGUGCAGUGUGUUAUGACAGAGGGAUUUUACUACAAACUAUCACACAAGCACAAGUCCAGCACACAGUCCCUUUAGACGUUACUGUUUGUCAUGGUUCUGGAAUUAUUAGUGCUCCUAAUAAUGACCCUGAAGCUUCACGAGCUAAUCCAAAUGAAGAAACAGAGGAUACAAAAUGCCGCAGUUCAGUUUUGUCCAGUGACUUUGACCAAACAAGAUUGUUUGGUGGAGACACAGGCACUGAUCUUGACAUUACGUGCUCACAGCAAGAAGUAUUUUUUCGCGAUUAUCCUGCACAGCUAUUGUCAUCUGAGAGCUUGGAGCAAAGUGGUAAAAUGGACAGCAAGUCUUUCCUUAUGUCACUUGGGUCAAAGCCUUCAUCAACUCAAACACAUGAAGUGAUACAACACACCAAGGAUUAUAUGACACCCACUACCAUUAGCAAUGCUUAUUGCAAGAGGCAGCCUUUAGGCGAUAUCACAGAUGUCCAGAGUGCCAUGAAAACAAGUCAAGGAGGUGGAGACCAACAGUCAAAUGUUGAUGAAAAUGUGGAAUCAACAGCCUGUCAUAGUUACAAAGGUCUUGAAAACUCUGUAUCAAAAACAAUGCGAAGAAGCAUCUAUGAGCCUUUGGGCAUAGAUGUCACAUCUUGUUAUGGCCCAGGAGCUGAUCAAACUGAGGUAAAUAAUACAGAUAACACUGAAUCCCUGGACCUAACAGCUUGUCAAGCACAGGAAGAACACGAUUCUGAUGAGAAUCUGGAACUAACAGCCUGCCAUAGCUACGAAGUUCUUGAUAGCAGUAUACCAAAAACACACCAGAAGAGCAUUUGUGAACCCGCCGAGCUUGACGUCACAUCUUGUUAUGGUCCAGGGGUAAUCAAGGGCUGUUCACUUUCACUGUCUACCCAUCAGAAUGAUCAGAGUUUGUCCUGCAACGGUUCAAGGAAAAUGGAUUCUUCAGUGUUCUUGCAGUCUCUUGGUUCAAAGCAACACUCCAAUGCUACAGACAAUGACGAAUAUGAUGACGAAAUGGACCUUACAAUAUCUGGAAACAUUGGGACACUAACAGAAGGUAAAACAGAACAAAAGACAGCUGUGGAGCCGAAGUCAGCGACUUUUUUGUGCGCUAAAACAAGCGAAGUUGUGACAGAUCUGUCAAAUUCCACUGGCUUUCGAAAUGCUUAUCUCAUAAAGAAUCCCUUUAAAAAGACCACAGACCAGCAGGAACAAACAUCAAAGUUUCAUGAAAACUUAGAGCUAACGGUCUGUCAUAGCCAGCCGGUUCUGGACAGCGAUUCACAGAGAACUAAACGGAGGAGUUUGUAUGAGGCAGCUGAUCUAGAGGUCACAUCUUGUUAUGGUCCAGGCCUGAUAAAGUCGCCAGAAAAAGAAGAAACAAGUAAUAACUUGUUCAAAUCAGCCUUGAACCUCUCGAGAAGUUUGCGAGCGGCAAGCAACGCUAACAAGUUAAAUGGCAAUGCUGUAUUUAACAAAGCGCAAGAUUUGCCUGGUUGGAAUAAAACCCAACAGCAGGAAUCAGAUUUUAAUGACAAUUUAGACCUAACAACCUGUCAUAGUCGGCCAUUCAUGGGAAACAACUCACUGAAAACAGACCGGAGAAGCCUUUUUGGGCCUGCGGACAUAGACGUCACUUCCUGCCAUGGGUUGGGGCUGGUGGAGUCAUCGGGUAACAAUUUGGAGUUGACAGUCCGUGGCCAACCAGGUCUAGACAAUGGUUUACAACAAGCAAGCCGAAGAAGCCUUUGUUAUGAACCUGCUGAUAUUGAUGUCACGUCUUGCCAUGGUGUGGGGCUGGUCGAGUCAUCGGGGAACAGUGUGGAGUUGACAGUCCGUGGCCAGCCAAGUCUGGAUGACAGCUUACAGAAAGCAAACCGAAGAAGCUUUUAUGAACCUGCUGACAUUGAUGUCACAUCUUGUCAUGGCCUAGGACUUGUCAAGUCGUUUGUUGAAACUUCAGAGUCAACAGUCCCUCUUAGCCAGCACGCUAUUGAUAAUAACGCACAAAAAAUAAACCGUCGAAGCGUCUAUGAACCUGCUGACUUAGAUGUCACAUCUUGCCAAGGUACAGGACUGGUUAAAUCAUCUGGUGAAAGUUUAGAACUAACGCGCUGUCAUAGGGAACAAGUUCUUGACAACAGUACACAGAAAGUAAACCGACAAAGUCUUUAUGAACCUGCCGACUUAGAUGUUACAUCUUGUCAUGGUUCAGGGCUGGUCAAAGCAAAUCGUGAAAGUCUACAGCUAACAACAUAUACCAGUGAGCAAGUUCUUGACAACAACACAGAGAAUGGAACUCGACAAAGCGUCUACGAGCAUGCUGACUUAGAUGUCACAUCUUGUCCUGGUCCAGGGCUGGUUAAAUCGAAUCGUGAAAGUCUACAGCUAACAACAUAUACCAGUGAGCAAGUUUUUGACAACAACAUAGAGAAUGGAACUCGACAAAGCGUCUACGAGCAUGCUGACUUAGAUGUUACAUCUUGUCGUGGUUCAGGGCUGGUCAAAGCAAAUCGUGAAAGUCUACAGCUAACAACAUAUACCAGUGAGAAAGUUUUUGACAACAACACAGAGAAUGGAACUCGACAAAGCGUCUACGAGCAUGCUGACUUAGAUGUCACUUCUUGUCAUGGUCCAGGGCUGGUUAAAUCGAAUCGUGAAAGUCUACAACUAACAACAUGUAUUAGAGAGCACGUUCCUGACGACAACACAGAGAAUGCAACCCGACGAAGCUUCUACGAGCGUGCUGACUUAGAUGUCACAUCUUGUCAUGGUCCAGGACUGCGCAAGUCAGAUCGUGAAAGUCUACAGCUAACAACAUGUACCAGAGAGCAAGUUCCUGACGACAAAACGGAGAAUGGAACUCGACGAAGCUUCUACCAGCAUGCUGACCUACGUAUCACGUCUGGCAGUGAGUCAGACCUGGAUAAGACACCAAAUGAACCAGUAAUAACUGGUAACGCUGGCAAAACACGCUUAAACCUUACAGAAAGGACAGAAGCCAGUUUUCACAGAGUCAGUGCAAACGCAUCAUUAGACAAGGUAAAAGAUUUCCAUUAUACCGAAGAGGUACUUCAGACUGCAAGAGCCCCAACCGACUCAAAUACAAGUUUUGAGUAUACAGAUUACAGCGCGGACAACGAUGAGACAUCUGCCCCUGCUGUAGGGUUGAACCAAUCAAUAGGUGACCAAAUAACUAGUGAUGUUGACAGACAGUUGUCAAUUAUUUGCGAAGAAUCUGUCAGUGAACUAAGUAAGAAAGAGUUGAGGGAAGACGGGAAUGUGACCGAGCUGGAGGAGAUGCAGAACACCACACAGAGUCCUAUCACCUUAAAGAAGUUCCUUGAUAUCACAGAACUUGCCUUUAUUACUGAGGUCAACAUGCGCCGGAGUAUUGCGCCUUCCAAUGUGGUGAGUAUUAUCACCAGUCCUUUUCGCGCCAUGGGACGCAUAAGGCCCUGGUGAGUAGAAUUAGGUGAAAAAUAAA